AUGGAAAACUCCAGUUCGAGAGAUGAAUCUUUUCCCGCUGGCCUGCGUGUUCUUGUGGUUGAUGAUGACCCCACCUGGCUCAAAAUUCUCGAGAAGAUGCUUCGCAAAUGCUCCUAUGAAGGUGUGUAUGCUCUGGUCAAGCAUGUUUCAUGUGUCUUCCGCUUGGUAAACCUUGGUUUUUUUUUAUUAUUUUGAUAACAUCUGCACAAUAAUGUUCGGUAGGCCUCAAGAGAACCUGUUCCCCAUAUAUAUCAACAGAGAUCUCUGCAGAUAACUAUUUCUCGCUCCACUUGUGUUUUUUUGUUAACCCAAAGCUGUUUCAAUAUUGCUAAUGGCGCCCUUCCCUCAAAUGCCUUCACUAGAGUGCUUUGAAUCAACGGAGCUUGGCUUCACGAUCAAAAGGAAGCAUUACUUUGUGCCUCUGACAAUAGUAAUGAAAAAUCAUUCGCAUCCCCUAGGACAUGGAGCCAUCAAGUGCUUGUAUAAUCCAAAAUAUGAGAGAAAAAUGAAGAUGCUGAUGAAUUCUAUCAGAAAUUUCUCAUUUCUUUGUACAGUUUGUAAAUUAUUAGUAUACCGAUAAGAUAUUCCUCAGAGAGUUGCCAUGAGUAUUAUUUUUCUGGAAAAGCGAAUGAUUUAUUCUUGAGUUUGUUCAGACUGUUAGGAUUGAUUUUCUUAGACUAAACUUUUAGGAUUAUUAGGCUGCAGGGAGAUAUUUUUCUCUCCUUUGCGAAUAUGGUUGGAAUAGUUUUCCAUAGCUCAUCAAUUUUUUCAUAUUCUAGCGCAAAUAAUCAGUGGAUCUCACUCUCACCUCUAUUAAUACCUUCACUAUAUCCCAGUUUGAAAACCCACGAACUUGUAAACACUGUAUUUUUGACAGUGAUAGACUUCACUUUAGGGAGAAAAAAAAAGACGUGUUAGUACUGAUAAGAGUCACGUAGUCACCCAAAAUUUCCAUUCAUCAUAUAUGUUCUUUGUUAUCAAGUUUCUCACGUGACCAUACUGUAUUAUAGAUGUAAUUAUUCUCUCACCGUUUCAGUACCUUACCUUCUUGGAGAGAAAUAAUCAUGCUCGACUCUUUUCGACAAUAUAUGAAUAGAUGUUCGUUAAACACUGCAAGCCCAGUGAAAGUCUACAUGGUAUUGAUUGUUGGCCACGACGCCGUGAAUUCUUUUUUGACUUCCUCAGAAUAAAUUCAGAUCAAAGUUUUAGUAAAAUACAACAUUUUGUUAUUGAAGAAAGUAAUUACUAAACUUUUAGCUUCAUCUUCUUAGUUAAACUAAGGCAUCCACACAAUGAUUAUAACCUGAUAUUACUUGUUUUGGAACACUCAAUCGGACCUGAAGAUCUGAUAUCAACCACUGAAAGGGUAUAGAUGCAGAGGAGACUGAUGAAUGUGCAGGGUUUUCAGAGGCAAUGACUGCUCACAAAUGGAAGCCAAGUAGCCAUGGUUGUGCUUGCCCAUGAGUUGGGUGGGCGGAUUCAGAGAUGGGUGGGAAACUUCUAGUGCGGUUGGUAAGAAAGGACGUUUUGUGGGGAGAGUGUUACCCCUAUAUCAGUGAUAUGGUUCUUUCUGAUUGUAAAUUGGGAUAAGACUACGAGCCUGACAAAUUCCAGAGUGAGUCAGGGCAGAUUGGAUGCUACUAGUUUUGUGUUUUGAUCUCAAUUGAUAAUCAAAGAAUAUAAAUCAUGAUCUUGGGCUGCGAAAGUUCAUGAGAUGCUUCCUGACUAUGACCUGAUCCAACCUGUAUUCUUAAACUUGUGUAAACUGGGUCUGAGAUUCUCACAACCUCGCUAAUUCGCCAUAAGAGCCUAGAUAAGACCUGAUUUUUUGAUAAUAUCUUGGAAACAUUCGUGAAACUCGAGGGGUCAAAAGAUGAGAACAUAGUCUAAAAUGCCUAAAAAUGCGGAGAUAGUAUCUUGCAUGAGGCAGAUACAUGUUUUUCUAAAAGUGAGAGAAUUGAAUCAUGUUGAGCCUUGAAAAUAGAUCAUGUUGAAACAUUAAUAACAUUCUGGAUCAUUAGGCAUUAGCUUGGAGUUGUUGACCUCUGAUGAUCAUUCUGGAUCAUGUAACCUUUGUCAAAACCACCAACUAGCAUGACACAAAAAAUCUUGGCGCGAAGUUCAGAUAUAAUUUAAAGGCUUUAUUGGAAACUUGUGGGAUUGUAUCUGUGCCUCGAUGAUGAGCCUGAACAUAAGUUUUGCCUAUCAAUCUAAGGCUGGGAAGAUCAAACAAAUAAUCGAAAAGUUAAGAAAAUUUAUCUAAUUUUUUUGGUUGAGUUUUUCUUUCCAUAAGUUUCACGUCCUACGGCAUCAUCUCUUUUCUUUUAAUACUUUUUGACCAUGAUAAUUACUGCUGGUUCUCAUUGUACAACAUCAAUCCAUGACAGAUAUCUGAAUCCGAGGAACAGUAUACACAUUGUCAGAAAUCAUUCCACAUCAUAUUUCACCUGACUAUGCCUCCCAAUCGUUUUCCUCGGAUCAAGAAUGAUUUUUCAGAUAUCUUUUGCUAACUUCUUUUACGUACUUUAUGUUGGUCCUUCGACUAGUAAUCUGAAACAAGACUUGGUCGAUGAAAAUGAUAUUAUUUUGCUGAACUUAUUUUGGAAGCUGCCUUACUUGUGAUUAUUUUAAGCGUUAUGGGUUCUCUUUUUUUGCAGUUACAACGUGCAGUUUAGCCAGAGUUGCCUUAGGCUUGCUCCGUGAGAGAAAAGACUGGUUUGAUAUCGUGAUUAGUGAUGUUAACAUGCCUGAUAUGGAUGGUUUCAAGCUUCUUGAACAAGUUGGACUUGAGAUGGAUUUACCUGUUAUCAGUAUGGGGUCUCUUUUCACAUGUUAUUGUUGUCUCAGGCGGCUCAGUGCUGUCUUCCUUGACAAGUCCUAUUUCACUGAUCGACUCUUUGCCUUGGAUAUUUGCAGUGAUGUCAGUGGAUGGGGAAACAAGCAGAGUAAUGAAAGGAGUUCAGCAUGGAGCAUGCGACUAUCUUCUUAAGCCUGUGAGGAUGAAAGAGUUGAGGAAUAUAUGGCAACAUGUUUUCAGAAAGAAAAUACACGAGGUGAAAGAGACUGAGAAUUACGACAGUUAUGAAGACAACAAUAUCAGGAGCAGACUAGAUGAGUUCAAUGGAGGCUUCCAUCCUUCAAAGAAACGAAAGGAUAACCAUCACAAGGAGUAUAUGGAGCAAAGCUUCGGUGACUCCGUUUCAGUCAAGAAGGCUAGGGUUGUAUGGUCGGUGGAUCUUCAUCAGAAAUUCGUCACCGCUGUUAAUCAGAUAGGAUUUGACAGUAAGUAUCUGUUCUGGGUAAUCCUGAUUUACUAUUUUUUUAUGGCAAACAAUUUCCUGCACUUUUUAAACUAAAAAAUCACGGAAAAAGACUUUACAAACUGUUGGGGAAAAUAUAUCGUCUAAAAGUAUGUUCCUCGGCUAUCAUUGUUCUACUUGUUGGAACUUUUCUUUGCAGACUUGUUCAGAGGUCUGAUUCUCUUCUUGGUUCAUCUUUGGCAGAAGUCGGCCCAAAGAAAAUACUCGAUUUGAUGGAUGUUCCUGGGCUAACAAGGGAGAACGUUGCUAGCCACCUACAGGUAGAACUUCUUUCUGCAUUUGCUUGAAUGUUUAUUUGGAAAGAACUAUGCAGGGUGAUAAAAUUGACACACUUGCUAGACUAAACUCCAUUUGCAUUAUCACAAAUUCAGGUUCUAAACUUAAAACUGAUGCUGAGUUUUUAGUCCAUUUCAUUUUAUGGAAUAACAUUACAACAUUUUAUACCAUUGCCUGAAGAUAUCGAACGGAUCCGCGUCAAUAUAUCAGACCCUUCUGUUUUCAUGUUUCUCAGUUUGGUAUUUUGAAAACCCUCUAUGUUUAUGCUGAUCCGAAGUGGACUGGGGAUGAUAAUACCUUUUUUUGAAACAUUUCCUUCUCAAUCUCCGAAGAAUUAGAGUCUGAAUUUGUAUUGUUAUUGCUUUCCUUGGAUGAUUCCAAAAUUACGAUUAGUGCUCUUGGGAAUAUUUUCAUAUCUAAAACCCAUUCGUUAAUUAUCAGGAUGAUUAAUGUUGCUGUCGGUAAUUAUCUAGCAAUAGAAGACUCUAUACUCUGCUUAAUUCUUUCAUGAUUGAUUGAAGAUAAAUCUGGCCUAGACUUGAAUUGGCAUUUUUUAUUUUUUUCUUUUGAAGAUGUUAUAGCAUGGACAUCUUCAUCACACGAUGACCAUUCUUAUAAUCUACACUGAUCAUGUACAUUCCUCAUCUUAGAUUUACUCAAAAUUCACUAUUUCUGGGAAAAAUAGGAAGUCUUUCUGAAUUUGAGUCACUCCACCUGCAGAAGUACCGGCUAUACUUGAGUAGAUUGCAGAAGCAGAACGAAGAGAAAACUCUUGGGGGAGCUGCACAAACUGAACUCAAUGUUAAGGAACGCCCUGGGGUUCUCAGUCAGCAAAGCUCAUUAGCAAGACAACAGCAGAAUUCUCCAAGUGGCUUUGGAUUUUCCUCUGCACGAAUCUAUACUCAGGAAAUGAUCCCAAAAAUAGCAUCAUUCAGAGCGACAGAGACUGAGUUGGCCUUGAAUGACGAAUCCUGGGCAUCUCUGAAUAAGAGAAACAUUACCAGAUUUGGUGUGAUGGCAUCAAAGAACCUCGAGCCAUGGGGUGAUGGAGGAAAUCAACUAACCCAGUUCGUCCAAUUCAUGAAGGACCAGCAAUCCAUUACUUUCAAGGACUUCUUGGAGUUCAGACAGGCUGGGCAAGAUCAUUGCUUUGAAACUGAUCACCCGCAAUCUCAACCCAUUGUCAACUUGAGGGGGUCCACUGAAGCAGAAGACACCUCCCAACAAAUCCACAUGAAGCCAGUUGAUUCCAAAGAAAGCAAAUAUAUGCUCUUGAAAUGUGGCCUUGAUUCGGGCUCUUCUCAGGUCAGCCAUGGAUUCGUCAAUACUCGUUCCUUCCAAGCAGCCUCAGCCACAAAUCUUUCUUGUGGAAACCCCUGCUCGUCUGAUGACAAGAACAGCAUCACCAGCUGGUCAUCGUUGUAUAGUGACGCAGAGGUCGCUCCUUCUAUUGACUCCCUCACGUUCCCUCUUCAGAGCUGUGGAUUCUUCGAGAACGCAGGUUUCCAUGGCUUGGGGGCUUUUGAGUGCAACCAAAUCGCAUCAGACUUCCAGAGCAUCUUAUACGAUGAACUACAGUACAACUGUGAGUAUCUCUCUGACUUAUUCGAGGCUCCAAUGGUGGAUGAUGGCCUCUUCACGUGA